AGAGCCUCCAACGAGCCUCCGAUACCAAACACAUUCGAGCAGUUCAGCCCGUUAUCAGAGAAUUUUUUGACAGAUUCAUGUUUGGGUAUUCAUGUGAGGGGCUGCGGCCACUGAUGACGUGACGUUCAAUGACCCCCAUGCCUGCAGGGUUAUCUCUGCUGAAUGUCACCUCUGACGUGCAGCAGCGGCUCUCUGGAGGAGUUGUGCAUGUGUUAACUUUAUCUUCUGUUAUUUAUUUGGAUUACAGUUUCUCAGUGUGGCUCUGGGCUUAAACAAAAGGAGACAAGUCAGCGUUAUUUUCUUCAUUUGAGGUUACUGCAGUCACAGAGUGCUGAUACUUAUCCGUGUUCACUGGUUUAAUCCCCCGAGCCUUCAGAUACACCCACCAAAUUACAUCCACUGUCUCUUAAAUCCAUGUCAGUGUCGUUGCUUUUCACUUUUGUUUCUUUUCGGAUAAACACGCCGUCGAGAUGAGACGCUGACGCUCGUAUGGACCACAGCACUGUAAUGUCAUUUGGCUCAUGUCAUUUGAAUUACCAUUAAGGGAAGCAUCUGAGUGUGAGAGACCGCCCCAGCAUCCGCUGCUGCAUCCAACUCGCUUUCACACUUGGGUUCAUUCACACACACUUUUCCCACCGGGAUGGAGCGGCUUCAGCCAGCGCGCACAGCCAACGGGGAGCACACACGCUUUCACGCGGCACACAUGGCUGCGAAUCUGAGGCGAAUAUUUUCCACGUUCGUCUGGAUAAUAACACUCGUCUCAAGUUCCAGGACCAGGAUUUAUCCUCCAAACGAAGUGACCCUGCUGGAUACCAGGACGGUGCCAGGAGAGCUGAAAUGGGCAGCCAGUCCUUCAGAGGGAGGGUGGGAGGAGGUGAGCAUUAUGGAUGAGAAGAACAUCCCCAUCAGAACAUACCAGGUGUGCAACGUCUUAGAGCCCAAUCAAAACAACUGGCUGAGGACGGACUGGAUCCCUCGGUCCGGCGCUCAGCGGGUCUACGUCGAAGUCAAGUUCACCCUGAGAGACUGUAACAGCCUGCCGGGGGUCACCGGCACCUGCAAGGAGACAUUCAAUCUGUACUACCACGAAUCAAACGAAGACAGAGAGAGCUACAUCAAAGAGAGCAGCUUCAUUAAGGUGGACACUGUGGCAGCAGACGAGAGCUUCACCCAGGUGGACGUAGGCGACCGCAUCAUGAAACUGAACACCGAGGUGCGAGAUGUAAAAGUCACGACCCGGAAAGGUUUCUAUCUGGCUUUCCAGGACGUCGGCGCCUGCAUCGCUUUGGUUUCCGUCAGAGUUUUCUACAAAACCUGCCCGCUCACCGUCCGCAACCUGGCAACUUUUCCUGACACCGUCACCGGAGCCGACACGUCUUCCUUAGUGGAGGUCAGGGGCUCUUGUGUCAACCAAUCAGAGGAGAGAGAGGAGCCUAAAAUGUACUGCGGUGCGGAUGGAGAGUGGUUGGUCCCCAUUGGCGGAUGUCUGUGUAGCCCAGGAUAUCAAGAGAAGAGCGGCACGUGUAAAGCCUGCUCUGCCGGUUUUUACAAGGCCAGGUCCUCAGAGGCAGGAUGCUCCAAGUGUCCUCCGCACAGCCACUCGCUCAGAGACGGGGCGACUGUCUGCGACUGCCACUCCGGAUUCUUCCGUGCUGACAGCGACCCUCCCUCCAUGGCCUGUACCCAGCCGCCGUCAGCUCCGCAGCAGCUCAUCUCUGUGGUGAACGAAACCUCGGUGGUCUUGGAGUGGUCCCCCCCUCGUCGCCUGGGAGGACGAAGCGACACCAGCUACAGUCUGGAGUGUCUCAUUUGUCAAACAGGGAGCCACAGUCAGACAGGAGGCAAAGCCCCCCCUAGGAAUCGCAGCAUCUCCACGCCUGAGGCUCAGCACAGUGGUCUUGGGAUGCAGUCAGACCAGGGGAUUGUGGGAUCUGAAGUCCAAUCAGGGAGAGGAGUCUUCCAGGGCAGACCAGCACCAGGAGAUUACCCGAGACUCAGCUCCAGCUCCAGCUCUCAGCUCUGCCUGCCCUGUGGCUCUGACGUGCUCUUCUCUCCAGGCCAGACGGGCCUGAAGACCACCAGGGUGGUGGUGAGCGAGCUCCGGGCCCACACACACUACACCUUCAUCGUGCACGCACGCAACGGGGUCUCCCAGGCCAGCGGUGCAGCGGGGUCGGCCCAGAGUGUGUCCGUCACUGUCACCACCAACCAAGCCGCUCCCUCUCCGGUGUCGUACAUCCAAGCCACUGAUGUCACCAGGCACAGUCUGUCGUUGGCGUGGCAACAGCCGGAUCGACCCAAUGGGGUCAUCCUGGAAUACGAGGUCAAGUUCUAUGAAAAGGAUCAGAGAGAGCGGUCCUACCGCAUAAUGAGGACCUUCUCUCGGAGCGUCGAUGUCACGGGUCUCAACCCCCUCACUGUGUACGUGUUCCAUGUGCGUGCUCGCACGGCGGCCGGAUACGGAGAGUUCAGCACCCCUUUCGAGUUCUCCACCAAUUCAGAUCCCUUCCCUCUGAUUGGAGAAGGAGUAAACUCAGCCUUCCUGCUGCUGUCUGUCAGCGGGGUUGGAAUUUUACUGCUGAUAUCUGCAGCUGUUUUCAUCAUUAGCCGCAGGAGGAGUAAAUACAGUAAAACAAAGCAGGACUCAGAGGAGGAGAAACAUCUUAACCCAGGAGUCAAAAUCUACGUGGACCCGUUCACCUACGAAGACCCCGAUCAGGCCAUCCACGAGUUCGCCAAGGAGAUUGAUGUUAGCAGUAUUCACAUUGAGAGAGUUAUUGGCAUGGGAGAGUUUGGGGAGGUGUGCAGUGGUCGGCUGCGCGCUCAGGGAAAGAGGGAGAUCUACGUGGCCAUCAAGAGUCUGAAGGCGGGUUACUCUGACAAGCAGAGGCGGGACUUCCUGUCCGAGGCCUCCAUCAUGGGACAGUUCGACCAUCCGAACAUCAUCAGGCUGGAGGGCGUCGUCACAAGAUGUGAGUUGUGGAUAAAAUCUGAAAGCUGUCAGUCAAAGUGUUUGGGUCCUUUGCACGUUCACAUUAAGCCUCGUAUCUCUACCUGUGUAGGUAAGCCGUUGAUGAUCAUCACAGAAUACAUGGAGAACGGAUCCCUGGAUGCUUUCCUUCGGAAACACGACGGCCAGUUCACAGUCAUCCAGCUGGUCGGCAUGCUGCGCGGCGUCGCCUCGGGUAUGAAGUACCUGUCAGACAUGAGCUACGUUCACAGAGACCUGGCAGCGCGAAACAUCCUGGUCAACAGCAACCUGGUGUGUAAGGUGUCCGACUUUGGCCUGAGUCGGGUUCUGGAGGACGACCCAGAAGCUGCCUACACUACGAGGGAGGCCACCGGGACGUAUCUUUCCCCCGGAGGGAAGAUCCCCAUCAGAUGGACGGCUCCAGAGGCCAUAUCCUACAGGAAGUUCACCACGGCCAGCGACGUGUGGAGUUACGGCAUCGUCAUGUGGGAGGUGGUGUCGUACGGAGAGAGACCCUACUGGGACAUGAACAACCAGGACGUGAUUAAAGCCAUCGAAGAGGGCUACCGUCUCCCUGCUCCCAUGGACUGUCCUGUGGUGCUGCACCAGCUAAUGUUGGACUGCUGGGAGAGAGACCGAGCAGAGAGACCCACCUUCAGCCAGAUACUCAACAUGCUGGAUAAACUCAUUCGUAACCCGGGGACUCUGCGCCGCACAGGAGGGGAGAGACCCACAGCCACCAUGCUGGAGUCAGGGGUCGCAUCAGAGGUGUGUGUGUCGGUCGUACCGGAGGUGUGUGUGCCCGAGUGGUCGGUGUGUGUGUGGCUGCAGUCCAUCGGGCUGGAGAGGUACAGAGACACUCUGGCGGCAGCAGGAUACACCGGCCUCGACAGCCUCCUGGCUCUCACACACCAGGAGAUGGACAGACUUGGAAUAAUCACACCGUCACACCAGGACAUACUAAUUGCCAGUGCGCAGCAAGAAAUGUUGUCUCAAAUGCAGCACAUGCAACACACAAUGGUUCCAGUCUGAGCCGGAGGACGGAUACAAACCCAGAAGAAUUUUUUUCAUUUACCUCAUCCAUGCACUUUAGAGGGACCCUGUCACCGGUGGGAGUACGACGAGCGGAGGGAAGUAAAAGUACGGAGCGAAGGGAGGAGAAAAGCAGCACUUUUUGUGAACUUCCAUACUGUGGAGUUUUCUGAAAAAACCCCCCCUGAUGCGGACGUGGCCGCAGAUAGCAUGAAGCUACGGCGAGCUCAGACUGAAGCCUCAUCCUCUUACCCCGUUCUACUUCUCAUUAUUUUAUUAUAUGUUUCGUGAAGGCUGACAUGUUAAGGCUGUGCAUAAGCAGAAUGGCUUUCAACUUUUCCUCUUUUUUUUUUUUUUUUAUUUUUGGCUGCUUCGGGCUUGACUUGAACAAAAUAUGUUUUGCUCGUGUGUGUUUGUGUGUGUGUGUGCGUUACGUGACUGAACGUGGAGUCUCCUGUCAAGACGUCAGCUAUCUUUGAUUAUUCUGAAUAUGCAACGUUACAGAGAGAACGAGUGAGAGAGUGAGUGUGUGUGUGUGUGUGUGUGUGCGACGAGCCGGACAGAAUGUAUCAUUACGAGCUCUUACCUGUUUCACACUAACAAACUGUAUGAUUUGCUGUUUUUUUAUUUUUAUUAUUGUUCUUUUUUUGUUUUCUAAUUGUGCAAAUUAUUGAUUUUGUCGGUUUUAGACAUGUAGAGUAGAACGUCAUCCAUCUGUGUCGGUCGCUUGUGUCUGGUUUGUUUCGCUGAGAGUUAGCUACACGAAGCAUUUUGUUUUAUUUAUGGUCUUGUUUUUCUUUUUUUUUUUUUUAAAUCUAGUUUGUACAUUGUAAAAUAGAAACACUGAGGAAGUAUUGUAAUGAUUUGCCAUAUUGCAUUGCAAUAAAUCCCGAAACUCGUCCCA